AUGCCUCGCUCGUCUAAGAGACAGACGAGGCUUACNCUUGACCCACUGCCGACCUCAUCGCUUGCACCAUCUGAUAUCAGCAAGUCAGUACGCGACCGCGCGGCAACGGUUCGUUUCGAAGGAGCAAACCCAGCCAAGAGGCGCAAAGUGCGCGAUGCGCCUGAAGACUCAUCACUUGCUGCUGCGAUCACACCUGCCAUACCAGAAAAGAGCUUGCCGCCCACACCAGACCCAACUGGACUCACUAAUUCUUUCGGCGCAUCGGUUGUCAGUGAUGAUGAGAUCAGACCCACACAGCGACUGUCAAGUCGCAAGAGCCAGAAGAAGCAACAAAAACUUGACCUCACGCCCUCAAGCCCCAGAGCAAUCAACCACGCACGCCCGGUCAGAGCUGGCUUCUUCGGAACUCAGCAACAGUUGGAUGAUUCUAGUGACGAGUCGGACCAGUCACUUCCCAAACUGCCAAUCAGAGCUGGGAAGAAGGAGAAGAAGAGCAAACGUCAGAGAAAACACAAAUCACCGUCACCAGUUGUAGAAGAAGAGGAGGAAGUCGCAGAACCAACUGUUAUCUCGGACGACGAAAGUGAAGACGAUCUGCCGACCACACCAGCUGUGAAUCGCAAACGCAAGCGUCAAGCUGAAAGCUCUUCACCUUCAGCACUCAUUCCUGACAACGACGAGGACGACGACGACAGCGAUGUUGUUGUCACUGGCUCGCGCAAACGAUCACUAUCUACCAAGAAACGAGCACCGUCACCACAACCUGAUUCUGACCCUGAACUCUCUGACGAACCACCUUCAUCAAGAUCACGCAAACGUCUACGGAGAGUCAAGGAUACAGCACCAAUGAGCACGGUUACCGAAGAAGAGAAGCAAGAGCUUGAGGAUGAUCUGGUGGACCUAGCCUCCAGUGGUAGUGACACUGAGGUUCGAGUUUCACAGAGAAACAAGUCUUCACAGAAGAGUGCUCGCCAGUUAGCGCUAGAGCGUCUCAAGGCCAGGAGAAAAGCUCCAAUGAGCAGUAUUGCUGAGGACGAGGAUGAUGAGGACGAAGAUCAAGUGGGCGACGAAGAGGAAGACUACAACCAGAGUUCUGAUGAUGAAGAGGAGGAGGAAUAUGACGAUCUGCCGGAGCCCUCAACAAACAGGACGACCCGCAAGCAGAUGUUUACCGAAGACGAUGAAGAUGAAGGAUUUAUUAUUGAUGAUGAUGGCCCUCUCGGAGUGCCAAACAACGUGCCUAUCGCCUUUACACGUUAUGCUUCGAUGAAGGCAAAGGAUCUCUUCCGCUUCGCCAUCGACUGGAUGGUGCAAAAGAAGAUCAAUCCGGCCUUUCAGAUGGACGAUGAGAUUUACGAUCUGACAUUCAAGAAGCUUGACGACGAGGUCAAGGGAUUGGCUGGCUCCAAAUUCCAAUCAGCAGCCUGGACAUCGAAGUUUACACUGGCACUUCAAGCAAGACCUGAUCUUCUCUCGGCUCGUUUGGACAGACAUUCCUCGGCACACUUUGGCCGCGAUAAAUGCGAUGCUUGCAACAGAUCAGGACAUCCAGCUACUUACGAGGUCAAGUUCGAGGGCAAGCCAUACGACAAGAACUCUUUGGAGCCUGUAGCGCCGCGCAAAGAUGCCAACGACGACUCCGACGAAGACGAUGACGACUCUAGCUCCGAGAGCAGCGUAGAUGAGAACGCACCAGUCAACUACGACUCUCAAGGCCGCCAGAUUCUUCCCGAAGAGACUGUCUUCUACCUCGGCAAGUUCUGCAUGAGCAACGCAGAAACCGCUCACUCGCUGCAACACUGGCGCUAUCACCUCUAUGAGUGGGUAGUCGAGUAUCUUGAAAGCGCUGGCUGGAACACCCCCAAACUAAUCGUUAAGCGCGAUGGCUGGAGUGUCCGAAAGCGCAGAAAGCAUGCGAACAAGAUCGUCGACAUCAUGGAAGAGCAGGGUAAAAUCAAGGCGCUGUACUCUGAUUUCAANAAGGAGAUUGAUACGGCCAGAAACGCGAAGCAGGGACGUUGGGAUAGUUCGCCUUGA